CCAGGAGACGAGAGAAGAUUGAGGAGAGAGGCUAGAGAGAGGGCAGCGACAAGGAGAGCUAGGGCAGCUGAGGACAGUGCUAGGGAUAGAGUUACAGCUAACAUCAGUGCAGCCAUGGCUACCUCAUCUAUGACGCAACCCUCUACACAGCCCUCUUCGUCAGAAGUCACUCAGGGUGGUUCUCAGGUUCUCCUGACGGAUUACCUAAGGUGCCUACCUACAGAGGUAAGGACCAAGCUGGUCGAUGAGGCCUAUGUCGAUCAGCACACCUUCGCUUCUUUUAGUAAGAAAGCACUGGACAUAGAGGCAAAGUUGGGAUCUGCGCACAAGAUAUCCAAUGAUGGUAGGAAGAGACUGCCCCAAGAUUGGAGGAAAAAGGGUCAGUUAAUGUUCGUUGACCACGAUGGUCAAACAACGGAGAUUGACGACUACUCAUAUCUUGGGGAGUUCACAGAGCAUGAUGGGGGUGGUGAGACUUCAGAUGGUGGAGUCGUGGCACCCAUCAAGGAAAAGGCUAGGGGGACCGGGAAGAAGAAGGUAGGACGGUCCACGGGUCAGGGCGACCAAGGAACACCCGCAUGGGUGAAGAUUGGUUUAGAGUAUGAGGACUUGCCGCGGCAAGAAGGUCACCACAAAGGUAGCCUCACCAACGGUGGUGGGUCUAUCUUCAAACCCUGGGAGUGCUUCUACGAGCAGCUCACAGGGAAACACCUCGGGCCAGUAGGAGCGUUAGCCGCUCUUACUCGCGCUGAAGUGGUAACGUUGCCUUCCCCACUUCAGGCGUUGGCCAAGGCUAGUGACCCACACAUCGCCCCGCAGACACAUUCAGACCCACCGACGCUCUGUUCGAGAGAUGUGUCUAAGGCCCUAGAAGAGUUAGAGACUGAGUGGUCAGGGAAGGACCCCAGGGACUCUUGGGCGAUGAUCAGUAGAGGUCCUAAGGGUAAGCAUUUCGUGGUAGAAGUAGAUGUAGGUGGUCGCAAGGUUGGCGCCUUCGCAGACAUAGGCUCUACACGAAAUUUCAUCAGCCGUGCUUGUGUGGAUAGACUGCGCUUAGGGGACCAAGUGCAGCGGCUUAGCAGAACUGUGGCUUCUACGCUAGCCAACAAGCACCAAAUGGUAGUAAAAGACUAUGUCAAGGACGUAGCCUGUUCAUUCUCCUAUGGAGGAGGGGAAGUGAUCCACAAGAUCUCCUUCCUGGUUAGCGAUGAACUGUCAUUCGAUAUGCUACUAGGCAUGUACUACCUCGAAGUCUCGAAACCACAGUUUGAUUGGGAUAGAAAGGUGUUGAUACAUAAGUUGCCAAAUGGUAGGACCGUUAGGCUGCAGAAGUUUAAAGCCAGCAGUCUAGUGGAAAACUACGGCUGCAUGUGCGCUUCGUCUUUUUAUAACUACUACAAGCAGAAUCGCGAGGAGGGCAUGUACCUAGUGUUUGUCUCUGAGAAAGGGGAGGCCGUUAAAACACCCCCAGAGAUAGAACAAGUCGUCGCUCAAUAUUCAGACCUUUUUGAGGAGCCCACAGACGUGGUGGAAAGGGAGGUUGUCCAUGCAAUAGAGGUUGUCCCAGGUAGUAAGGGAUGUCAAUACUUCACAAAGAUAGAUCUGAAGUCCGGAUACCAUCAAAUUGCCGUUAGGCUUGAGGACCAGCACAAAACCGCCUUUCGGACCAGGUACGGUCUGUACGAGUUUGCGGUGAUGCCUUUUGGCCUAUGCAAUGCGCCAGGUACGUUCCAGCACGCGAUGAACCGGAUCUUUCAUGACUACUUGGACAAGUUUAUCGUCGUGUACCUCGACGAUAUUCUCAUCUUUAGUAGGACUGUAGAGGAGCACGCUAAGCACUUGAAAAUAGUGCUAGGCCUCCUAAGACAGCACCAGUACAAGGUAAACUUGGAUAAAUGCGAGUUUGGUCGCACCAAGAUCUUGUACUUGGGUCAUGAAAUUUCAGCUGAUGGAUUGAGGCCGGAAGAUGCGAAGGUGGCCAGCAUAUGUGACUGGCCCAAACCUCAAACAGUUACAGAGGUCAGAUCGUUUUUAGGGAUGACGGGCUAUUAUCGUCCGUUUGUGAAGAACUAUAGUACUAUAGCCUCCCCAUUAACGAAUCUAACUCGACUUGACACCCCUUGGGAGUGGACUGAAGAUUGCGAAGCCAGCUUCCAGAAAUUGAAGUAUGAUCUGACGCACUAUGAAGUUCUCAAACUUCCUGAUCCUGACAAGCCAUUUGUUGUGACCACAGACGCCAGCCAAUAUGGCAUAGGCGUGGUCCUUGCGCAACAGGAAGGGUCCAAGUUGAGACCGAUCGAGUACAUGAGCAAGAAGAUGCCAUCUCAGAAGUUGGCCAAGUCCACUUAUGAGAGAGAGCUCUACGCCCUGCAUAGAGCGCUAGUUCGUUGAAGACACUACCUCCUAGGAAGAUUCUUCUAUGUGAGGUCGGACCAUGAGACUUUGCGCUGGAUCAAGACACAACCAGUCUUGUCGGACGCACUCAAGAGAUGGAUUCAAGUGAUAGACAUGUAUGACUAUCAACUUGAUCCUAUCAAGGGUACGUACAACAAGGUGGCUGAUGCGUUAUCAAGAAGGGCAGAUUAUCUGGGCGCGCUAGUAACUGAGUUUGGCAUAUCUAAUGACCUCACUCGAUCGUUGGUGGAAGCCUAUCAAGGAGACCCAGUCAUGUCAGAGACCAUUCGUAGAUUCAAAGCAAAGGAUAAAAAGACCUUAAACGA